AUGGAUUUUUUCAGUGAGAAACUGAAAAAGAUGUAUUGCAAUUUUUGUCUUUACUCAGAUAAAAUUGACAUUAAUUAAGUUGUAAUUGCUGAAGAGUAUUGCACUUAAUGGCGUUAGAAAUGGUAAAAAUUAACUGAAUAAAUGAACUAGACUAGUAAAGAACUGGAUACUAAAAAGGGGUAAUUAGGAGAUUUUUAUACCAAAGUAGAAAAACUAAUAUCAUCCUAUGAUACUCAUGAUUAACGCGGUUAGAAAUUACAAAUUGGAAUGAGCUUUUUAAUUGAAAAAAUUACACUGGCAAAUUAGCAAGUUUAAGAGGUAUAUCUGUAAACAAGAGCUGAUUUGAUGCAUGUUUAAAAUGUUAAAUUUCAAGAAUAUCAAGAAUUGCUUAAUCAGAGCUCGAUGCAAAUAAGAGAUUUGACGGCUAAUACAGUUGCUAUGGCCACAAUAAAGCAAACCGUUAAUGAAGAUGAGGAGAUGAAACUUAUUUUAGAUGAGGGUAGCUAGAAAAUGAUUAAUGAAUAUCUUUUGAGAAAAAUAUAACAACAGAAUAAGAUUCUAUUUGAUUAUGCUUCAAUAUCUUCUGAAUUCAAGUCUAUUAAGGAAUUCACUGAGAGAUAGACAAAUCAUUUAGAUUCGAAAAUAAGUUAGUUUAUGCAUUUUCAAGAGGCAUCAACUUAACAAUUCACCUCCGAAUUAAGCUUUAAAAUGGAUAACUUAGAGUCACGAAUAAGAACAAGCAUAAUGUUUGAGAUUAGUGGCGAACUAGAAAAGAAGCAGAUCCUUGAUGAACAAAGACGCAAUAGGAUGAAUGAUAUCCUAGUAUAGCUUAAUAAUAACUAAGUUAGCGAAGAGUUAUACAAAAAGACAGGUGAAAAAGUCCAAAUGUCUUUUAAGGAAAUAGGUUCUAUUUAUUAGUCUCCAACUACAUGUGAUACCAUUGUUUAAGCUUGGAACAAUAACGCUGCAGUUCUUGAUUAAGAUUUCCAAAGAAAGAGUGUACUUUCUGUUUAAGCUGAUGAAAUUAUGAGUAUGAUUUAGAUAAAAAAUCUGCUAGUGUGCCAUUGUGGUCAUUAAGAUAAGACAUUAUUUGCUUUUGAUGUUAAUGAUUCAUUUUUGCGUAAAUUUUAGAGCAGGACAAUAGAAAGGUCAUAUGGAGGUAUUUGUAAAUUAAAUAACUCUGAGGACUCACAUUUUAUUCUGGGAAUGAGAUAUGGUUGGAUAGCAGUAUACGAAGUGUCUGUUUUAGGUGGGAUAAAUGAGAAAGGAUCGAAACAGGUAUUUCCAGGGCUAGAUGUUUUAUGCAUUGCAGCAAUGAAUUAAGAAGGUAUUUAUGCUGUUGGAUGUUAAGAUUAUGGAAUAACUUUAAUCAAGAUUGAAGUCAAGACUAAGUAAUAAAAGAAUAAGUAUUUCUCCAGUAAUGAAUAAGUUGUUUUUGAGAUUCAAAGACUUCAAUACCACUUUCUAAAAGAUAAGAGCAUAUCAAGCAUUGUUGAGACAAAACCAAAUGUCCUUGUUUGUGUUUCAUCUAAAGAUUGCAAAUACUAUAAGAUAGACUUUUUCAGAUUUCUAGAAACUGUCAUGGGGCAAGGAUAUAGCUCCAGAGGAAUUGCAUUGAUAAAAUUCCCAACCUAUCAUAAUGAAAAGUUUCCAAUCCUGCUUUCAAAAGAAUCAGAACAUGUUUGUAUAGUAGAUUCUGAGAACGGAAAUAUUUAUAAACUAGCUCCAAUAAGCGGAUUUAUUUCUAGUGACUGUUCACAAUAAAGGCUUUUGUUUUUAAAUGGAUCUAAUCAAGUUUAAAGUUAAUUUACCUUUGUCACAGAUGAUGAGGGCGUAAAUUUAGUAAAAUAUGAAAUUGACCUUGAUUUAAUAGAUGUCCUUAGAAAAAUUCAUGUUUGA